CGGCGGCGGCUCCCGGAGCCAGCACGGAUCCGGCCCCCGCUGUGGGACCCGGGUGGGUGUGGGCGCGCCCGCCGGGGCCCUGUGAGCGGAGGAUGGGAACACCCCCCGGCCAUGUCUCUGGGCCGCCUCCUCCGCCGGGCCUCCUCCAGAGCCUCGGACCUCCUGACCCUCGCCCCGGGGGCCGGCGGGCCCCGCUCCAUCCUGGACGGGGAGAUCAUCUACUCCAAGAACAACGUGUGUGUGCACCCGCCCGAGGGGCUGCAGGGGCUGGGGGAGCACCACCCAGGCUACCUGUGCUUGUACAUGGAGAAGGAUGAGCUGCUGGGGGCCACCCUCAUCCUCGCCUGGGUCCCCAACUCCCGGAUCCAGCGGCAGGACGAGGAGGCGCUGCGCUACAUCACCCCCGAGGGCUCCCCCGUGCGCAAGGCACCCCGUCCGCGGGCCCGGCGCACCCAGAGCUCGGGCGCUCCCUGCCGGGCCUCCCCCACGGAGCCAAGGCCCCCCCUGACCCCCCAAGACGAGGACAUCCUGGUGGUGGCCCAGGGCCUCCGGGGCACCCUGCGCGUCAGCCCUUCGCCCGAGGACGGGGAGAAGCUGGCCCAGGGCCUGGGGAUGGACGGCGCCGUCCCAGCCUCGCAGCCGGCCCACAGCGACUCGGGCAUCCUGUCCGCGGUCAGCUCGCAGGACGGGACUGAGGAGGGGCGGGAGCCGCGGCCCGAGGCGGGCGAGGAGGAGGCCUCCAUGGAGCUGUCGGCCGAGGGUGUGAGCAGGGACAGCUCCUUCGACUCAGACUCGGACGCCUUCUCCUCGCCCUUCUGCCUGUCGCCCGUGAGCGCCGCCCUGGCGGAGAGCAGCGGCUCCGUGUUCCUGGAGGGCGAGAGCAGCUCCCCCUCCAGUGUGGACGCCCCCCUGCGCUUCCCCGACAGCGACGGCCUCCUGCAGACCCCGCGCUGGGACGAGCCGCAGCGGGCGCGGGCCCUGGAGCAGAUCUGCGGCGUGUUCCGUGUGGACCUGGGACACAUGCGCUCCCUGCGCCUCUUCUUCAGUGACGAGGCCUGCACCAGCGGCCAGCUGGUCGUCGCCAGCCGCGAGAGCCAGUACAAGGUCCUCCAUUUCCACCACGGCGGCCUGGACAAGCUGGCGAGCGCGCUCCAGCAGUGGGAGCGCUGCGCCGGGACCCGCCUCCAAGGCCAGCAGGUGGCCAACGAGAAGAUGUGCAUGAAGUUCUCCAUCCGACGCCCCAAACUGCCCUCCUCCGAGACGCACCCCGAGGAGAGCACGUACCGCAGGCUGGACGUGGCCGCCUGGCUGCGGCACCUGAACGAGCGGGGCCAGGUGGAGGAGGAGUACAAGCUGCGCAAGGCCAUCUUCUUCGGCGGCAUCGACGUGUCCAUCCGCGGGGAGGUGUGGCCCUUCCUGCUUCGCUACUACAGCCCCGAGUCCACGUCGGAGGAGAGGGAGGCGCUGCGGGCGCAGAAGCGCAAGGAGUACGCGGAGAUUGAGCAGAGAAGGCUCUCCAUGACCCCCGAGGAGCACCGGGCGUUUUGGCGAAACGUGCAGUUCACGGUGGACAAGGAUGUGGUGCGGACAGAUCGCAGCAGCCAGUUCUUCCGCGGCGAAGGCAAUCCGAACGUGGAGAGCAUGAGGAGGAUCCUGUUGAACUACGCGGUGUACCACCCGGCCAUUGGCUACUCGCAGGGCAUGUCGGACCUGGUGGCGCCCCUCCUGGCCGAGGUCCUGGACGAGUCGGACACCUUCUGGUGCUUCGUGGGCCUCAUGCAGAACACCAUCUUCGUCAGCUCCCCGCGGGACGAGGACAUGGAGAGGCAGCUGCUGUACCUGCGGGAGCUGCUGCGGCUGACGCACCUGCGCUUCUACCAGCACCUGGCGUCGCUGGGCGAGGACGGGCUGCAGCUGCUCUUCUGCCACCGCUGGCUGCUGCUGUGCUUCAAGCGCGAGUUCCCCGAGGCCGAGGCGCUGCGCAUCUGGGAGGCCUGCUGGGCCCACUACCAGACGGAUUACUUCCACCUCUUCAUCUGCGUGGCCAUCGUGGCCAUCUACGGGGACGACGUCAUAGAGCAGCAGCUGGCUACCGACCAGAUGCUCCUGCACUUUGGAAACUUGGCCAUGCACAUGAACGGGGAGCUGGUCCUCCGGAAGGCGAGGAGUCUGCUGUACCAGUUCCGCCUCCGGCCCCGGAUCCCCUGCAGCCUGCACGACCUGUGCAAGCUGUGCGGCAGCGGCAUGUGGGACAGCGGGUACAUGCCCGCCGUGGAGUGCACGGGCCACCACCCGGGGGCGGAGAGCUGCCCCUACGGGGGCACGGGCUAGCCAGCCGCCUUCGCCCACGCCCCCCGGAGGAAGCGAGAAGGUGCCCGCGAAGGCUCUGGCUUCCGCAGCGGGCUCCCCGCACUGGACGGCCCCAGGCAUGUGGGGGGGUAGGGAUGGGCAGGGACAGGGCAGGGCAGGGGGUGGUCACAACGAAAGGAAGAUGCCUUUGGGCCACACGAAGGGGACAUUUUCAUAUUAAUAGGAAGUCAGAGUCUGGGAGGGAGAGAAGGAAGCCCCGUCGCUUCCCUCUGACGCCCUCAGCCAGGCCCGGAUCCCUCCGGGGGGGGCGGGGGGCAGGAGGAGGGAGAAGGUCUAGUUCAGCCACCAGCUCCUGGGAUGUGCAGCAGAAGGGGGGCCCAUCCAGGCCCAGGGACAUCUUUGCAAGCUGGACACGCCUCCUUAUCCGGCCUCAUUCUCACUGCCUCUCCGGCCACAGCUCCAAAGACAUCUGCCCCCAGAAAAGAAAAAGUCGCCCCCCUGAUUUCAGGAUGGAGAGGGGUGGAGGGGGCUUGGGAAGCUGGGGCUCGGACACCGCUCACACUGUGCCUCCUGGUCUGUGAAGGACGCUGCCUGCCCACGAGCCAGAGCGCCUGAGAGACGUGCUUCUGUGUUAACUUCCCAACCGGGCAAAGGCACCGCAAAGCAGCCAGCGCUCGGGGCUCCCCUGCUUCCUGGGGGAGCAGGUCUCCCCAGGACCCCUCCCUCUUUAGGGUUUUAUACCAGUUGCUCCUGGGGAUUUCGAGGCGGACAGACCGGGGCAGGGAGAGCUCCCCCAGCCAUUGGCACCAAAAGCCACUCGGACAGGCGGCAGCGAGGACGCGGGAUCCUGCGCGGCCCGGGGUGAUGCCCCUGAGAGCUGCUGCCCACGGCCUCUCCCUGGGCGGUGCUGGCCGCUGCUGGACGCUGCCGUCCAUUUUAAACACUUAGGAAGGUGUUUAGCACCCUGGUCAGGGUGCUCAGUGGUUAGAGCUCGCCCCGCAGGCUGAAGGUUUGCGGGUUUGAUUCUGGACAAGGGCGCGCGCGUACCUGGGUUCAGGCUCCAUCCGCAGCCCCCGUCAGGACGCGUGUGGGGGUCAACCCAUCCAUGUCUCUCUCACGUCGAUGCUUCUCUCUCUCUCCCCCUCCCUCCACUCUCUCUAAAAAAAGAUCAAUAGAAAAAAUACCCUCGAGUGAGGAUUAACAAAAACCAAGUCUUCGAUGUUUAUCAACAGGAAAGAGGAAGUUAGCAGCCUCCUCCGCCCAUUCUCUGCUCCCCGCCACUGAGACUGUCCACCCCGUCCCGGGCCCUCUGUCCCAGAGCCUCUGGGGACACGCUCCUGGAGCCCAUCCUUGCUCAGAUCUUGGGGUGCGGACCGAGACGGCCCAGCGGCCGGGCCCAGCUGGGCGGGGGGGUCUUCUCACCCACCUGGCUCUGGGAAGACAGGGCUGCUCUCUGCGGGGAUGGGCUCAGGCUAGCGCCGGGCCUCUGGGGCUGGUCCCUGUAAACAGGCGUGUCCGUCACUGUCGCCACGGUGACCUCAUAGCACCCGGAGCCUCCGUGGCCUCAGACCGCACGGGAACCUGAGGGUCAGCGCUUGCUGGGCUCGUGCCUGUGUCUGGGGCCAAUCUGCUGUUAAGUCCCGGGGGAGUGCCCACCAGUGUGGGGGUCGGACGGGCGCUGCCCGGGUCGCCCCAUCCCCCUGCAGGCGAGCCCGGCCGAGGCCCAGGUCAGAGGCAGGGAUGCUCAGACACGGUCCCGCCUCAGCGGCGUCACUCCUGCCACAUCCUGCGUUCAAAGCAAAUCCCGGUGCUCAGCCCGCCCCCCCCCCUUUCCCCCGGUGGCAAGGGACCGCUGUCUCCGUGGUGAGAGGAGCGGCCGGGUGGCCUGGGGGCUGGCGACGGGGAAGGCGAGGACUGGGCGGCCGUAGAGUCUCCCCUCAACCAGGAAGUCUUGGUCCAAAUAGAGGGUCUGGGACACCCCAUUCCGGCGAGAAUCGGGCACCACUGUGCCGUACCUUGUGCCUUUGGGCUGCUGGGGCGCUGCCCAGGGAUCCCCUCAUUGGGAGGCCCUGGUGCGAAACGUUAAUCCCGAAUCUCCCUCAGCCCCACAGCCCCCCAAGGCCCCGUGCCCAUGGCACACUGGCCCUCGGCGCUCCCGCCUCCCACCCCUGCGGCCACCUCUCCAGCGGCCCUGGGCGUGUGGGGCGGGGAGGGCGCCCGCUCCAGGGUGGAGAAGGCCAGGCUCACCAGGGUCCCUUCAUGGGGAUGCGGCCUGAGGCAGCUCAGAGGGUCGGAGGGUCGGUGGCAAUUCCGUCAUUAGGCUCCCGCUGCCCGCCCACCGCCCACCGCCCACCGCCAGGACCAGGGCCAGCGAGCGAGCGGCGGGACCAGCCGCCCCGUCCUCCGGGUGCAGCUCAUUCAUCGCACUUGUUAGUGACACGUCAUGUGAUUGGCGGGUGCGCACAUCCCCGAGGGCCCCCACGCUGGUGUCCGUGCCGCCGUUCCGGGUGGCGUCGGGCACGUGCUGGCUCGGAGGGGCGCCCGGUGGGGCUCAGCCUGGGACACAGUGGUCGGGCUGGGCCUGUGAUCCGGGCCGGAACCAGGAACCUGUGUGCUCACCCGAGGCUGCAGGCCUGAGUCCGGCAGGAAGACUUGGAGCUCACAUCACGGGGGUGGGCGUCCCUGAGCCCAUGCGGGGGGCGGGGGUGGGUCCACGGGCAGCGCGGACAGGAUUCUGUUGCUUAAGGGAAAGUGUCACGCGAUGCCCAGCGCUACCGAGAGGCCGCUGGUGUCCCUGGCGAGCGAUUCCCUCUCUGUAUUUUGGUUUGUUUUCAAACAUGAUUGCCCUGCUGGUCAGGCCCUGCCCAGGCCGGGCUGGUCCUGUGACCGUGUCCAUGACCAGGGCAGCCCCGCGACGCUUCCGGCUCAUGAUUCCACCGCCAAGUAAAUAAAAGUAUUGACGACAA